GGAAGAUAAGAAAUUGUCUCUUCCCCAACCCCUCCAAGUCCUAUACAUUGCCUCGCGCGGGAGGCAGACGCCCAUAAUGUGCUGCUGAGAUCGACUACGGGAGAUAACCACAAGUAGCUCGACUCACACGACUCGAUUGCACCUAAUCGUCGCCCGGAACGUCGAUGGCAGAGGCCCCCCACAUCGCACACCAUGAUCAGUCCAGCAAUGGACACCAAAACGCUCGCUCCUCCAUCGAGAAGGAAGAGUUAGAAGCGCUUCCCGGCACUCGCCGUCUAUUCGAUAGCGAGGGUCAUGUCACUGUGGUCCUCAUCCCCCAACCGACCGACUCGCCGAACGACCCCCUACAGUGGUCGCUCGCGCGCAAGAUUUGGCACACGGCGCUGGUCUGUUUCGUCACCGCCCUAACAGCCGCCACGUCGAACAGCGCGGGCUCCGCCGCGGACGGUUUCAACGAGGAGCUCGGAAUCGACUACUCGUCGUUCAACACCGGCGCCGGCAUCCUGUUCAUCGGUAUCGGGUACUGGGUGCUGUUCUCCUCGCCCGCCGUCCACCUCUACGGGCGCCGCAUCCUCUACCUGGUCUCCAUGAUCCUCGGUCUCGUUGGCAGUAUCUGGUUCGGUGUAGCCAAGAAUGAGGCGGGGACGAUUUGGAGUCAGCUCUUUGUCGGCGCGUCCGAGUCCAUCGCCGAGGCGGUCGUACAGCUCAGCCUCAUGGACCUGUGGUUCGAGCAUCAGGCGGGCGCCGCUAUCGGCGUGUACGUGCUUGCCACCAGCGUGGGCACGUAUCUUGGCUCGCUGAUCGCGAGUUACAUCGCGUACAGUUUCCUCGGCUUCCGCUGGGUCGGCUACAUGGGCGCGGUCAUCUGCGGCGGCACCCUGGUGCUGCUCUUCUUUGGUCUAGAGGAGACACAGUUCGACCGGGCGGGGUACAUGGCCAAGCACGGCCUCAACGUCAGCGAGCGCGUUGAGAAGGUGGUCGUCGACGCGGCUCUCGACGACGAGAAGAAGGGCGGCCAGUCACCGACGCGCGACUUUGAGCGCUCCGGCUCCGGCUUCGCCGAGCCCGAGGCGCAAAAGUCGUACUGGCAGCGCAUCCAGCUCAUUACACCCGCGCACAACCUCCGGGGCACCGGCUUCAAGCAGUGGACGCGGCAGAUCUGGCACACGCUCAAGGUGUUCACCUUCCCCGCGGUGUGGUACGCGGGCCUGCAGUGGGGCAUGCAGAGCGCGAUGCUCACCUUCUACCUCACCGUCGAGCAGGACACGUGGUACGGCGCGCCCUGGUUCUACUCCGACGCGCAGGUCGGGAACAUGAACAUCCCCACGCUCAUCGGCUCCGUCAUCGGCUGCUGCAUCGCCGGCUGGGGGAGCGACUACUUCACGCUCUGGGUGACGCGCCGCCGCGGGGGCGUCAUGGAGGCCGAGUCGCGGCUGUGGCUCAUGAUCCUGCCCACCAUCAUCUUCCCCGCGGGCAUGUUCAUCUUCGGCAUCGGCUCCGGCCGCGGGUGGGACUGGCCCGCGCCGUACGUCGGGCUCGGGUUCAUCGGGUUCGGCUACGGCUGCGCGGGCGAUCUGAGCAUGGCGUACCUGGUCGACGCGUACCCGGACAUGGUGCUCGAGGGCAUGGUCGGCGUCGCGGUCAUCAACAACUCGAUCGGGUGCAUCUUCAGCUUCGUCACGAGCCCGUGGAUGGACGCGAGCGGGGUGGAGAAUACGUUCAUCGCGGCGGGGGUGCUGUCGUUCGCGGCGCUCGCGACGACGCUGCCCAUGGCGGUAUGGGGCAAGGCCGCCAGACGCGCGACGAAGAAGCGAUAUGACCGGUUUGUUGCAGAGCGCGAUGGGCUGCAGAGCUAGGGCUCGGAGGAGAGCGACGCUCAGACGAGGACAUUGACGUGUACGUGCGUGGCUGCACUCGUGGAUCGGUGUAAUGUGUUUCCCCAUAGAUCUUAUUCACGCUAUUUAUCAUCGCUCGUUCGGUUAUUUGCUUUAGCAACUCGUUUCCUUGUUGUGCUCAACUUGUUUUCCAUGUUGUGUCUACAAUCUCGAGCUGUGGUGAGGGCUGGUUGAAGGGUCGAAGAAAU